AUGGACAUGGAAAUGGACAUGGAAAUGGACAUAGAAAUGGACAUGGAAAUGGACAUGGAAAUGAACAUGGAAAUGGACAUGGAAAUGGACAUGGAAAUGGACAUGGAAAUGGACAUGGAAAUGGACAUGGAAAUGGACAUGCAAAUGGACAUGGAAAUGGACAUGGAAAUGGACAUGGAAAUGGACAUGGAAAUGGACAUGGAAAUGGACAUGGAAAUGGACAUGGAAAUGGACAUGAAAAUGGACAUGGCAAUGGACAUGGAAAUGGACAUGGAAAUGGACAUGAAAAUGGACAUGGCAAUGGACAUGGCAAUGGACAUGGAAAUGAACAUGGAAAUGGUCAUGGAAAUGGACAUGGAAAUGGACAUGGAAAUGGACAUGGAAAUGGACAUGGAAAUGGACAUGAAAAUGGACAUGGCAAUGGACAUGGAAAUGGACAUGGAAAUGGACAUGAAAAUGGACAUGGCAAUGGACAUAGCAAUGGACAUGGCAAUGGACAUGGAAAUGGACAUGGAAAUGGACAUGGAAAUGGACAUGGAAAUGUACAUGGAAAUGGACAUGGAAAUGGACAUGGAAAUGGACAUGGAAAUGGACAUGGAAAUGGACAUGGAAAUGGACAUGGAAGUGGACAUGGAAAUGGACAUGGAAAUGGACAUGGAAGUGGACAUGGAAAUGGACAUGGAAAUGGACAUGGAAAUGGACAUGGAAAUGGACAUGGAAAUGGACAUGGAAAUGGACAUGGAAAUGGACAUGGAAAUGGACAUGGAAAUGGACAUGGAAAUGGACAUGGAAAUGGACAUGGAAAUGGACAUGGAAAUGGACAUGGAAAUGGACAUGGAAAUGGACAUGGAAAUGGACAUGGAAAUGGACAUGGAAAUGGACAUGGAAAUGGACAUGGAAAUGGACAUGAAAAUGGACAUGAAAAUGGACAUGGAAAUGGACAUGGAAAUGGACAUGGAAAUGGACAUGGCAAUGGACAUGGAAAUGGACAUGGAAAUGGACAUGGAAAUGGACAUGGAAAUGGACAUGGAAAUGGACAUGGAAAUGGACAUGGAAUGA